AUGCAAGGAGCCACGGUGAGUUCUCUCAUAAAUCCUAUCACUAGGCAAUGGGAUCAUAGUUUGCUGCAAAACUCUUUAAAUGCUGAGGAAUCAGAGCUGAUACAAAGAAUUCCACUCAGCCGAUACACCGUAAAUGACACUCUAUUCUGGCCUUCUGUUCAAUCUGGAGAGUACACCGUCAGGUCUGGGUAUUUUUACCUUAAAACAGAAGCAAGAUCAACCAUUCCUUUGAGACGAAACAAUACCGAGAUGCUGAGACCAUUGUGGAAAAAAAUAUGGAAAUUGUCCUUGCCAUGUAAAGUCCGAAAUUUUCUGUGGAGAGCUUGUAGGAAUGCCAUUCCAAUGAAAAAUUUGCAGCGCCAUUGUGUGGUUGAUGAUCCACUAUGCCCUCUCUGUUCGCAACAUGAGGAGAACGUGCUCCAUGCACUUUGGUCCUGUCCAGAGCUAGCACAGGUGUGGAAUGAAGACAACCAGUGGAGUUUCAAAGACCGAAUGACCUUCCAUGACUUCCCACAAUUGCUCCUACAUGUCCUUAACUCGGAGUGCAGUGUGGAACUAUUUGCAAUGCAAGUUUGGAUGGUUUGGUUCAGAAGAAAUAAGGUUAGAACAGCUCCUCCAGGCUUCCCUCUGAAUCUGAUAUCACAGAGAGCAAAUGAUGGAGUACAGAGCAGCUCAGCAAUGGACAAUCAGAACAAGAACAUCGGUCAGAACAGGUGCAAGGUGGUCACCUCCUCCUGA